UAACAACAAAACAAACCUCUCUGUCUCUUCCAGGUCUCUGGAUGGACGGUUACAGGUGUCCCACAGGAAGGGCCUCCCCCACGUCAUCUACUGCCGUCUGUGGCGCUGGCCCGACCUGCAGUCCCACCACGAGCUGCGGGCCGUGGAGCUCUGUGAGUACGCCUUCCACACCAAGAAGGAUGAGGUGUGUGUCAACCCAUACCACUACCAGAGGGUGGAGACGCCAGUGCUGCCUCCUGUGCUGGUUCCCAGACACACAGACAUCCCCAGUGAGUUUCCUCCUCUGGACGACUACAGCCACUCCAUCCCAGAGAACACCAACUUCCCCGCCGGCAUCGAGCCACAGAGCAACUACAUACCAGAGACUCCUCCACCUGGCUAUCUCAGUGAAGAUGGAGAGACCAGUGAUCACCUGAUGAACCACAGCAUGGACACCAGUUCACCCAACCUGUCACCAAACCCAGUGUCUCCAACACACAGCAAUUUAGACCUACAGCCUGUGAUGUACUGUGAACCAGCCUUCUGGUGUUCUAUCUCCUACUACGAGCUGAACCAGCGGGUGGGUGAGACCUUCCACGCCUCCCAGCCGUCCCUCACCGUGGACGGCUUCACCGACCCCUCCAACUCAGAGCGCUUCUGCCUGGGCCUCCUCUCCAACGUCAACCGGAACGCCGCUGUGGAGCUGACACGCAGACACAUCGGCAGAGGGGUGCGUUUGUACUAUAUUGGAGGAGAGGUGUUUGCAGAGUGCCUCAGCGACAGUGCCAUCUUCGUCCAGAGUCCCAACUGUAACCAGCGUUAUGGCUGGCACCCCGCCACGGUCUGCAAGAUCCCCCCAGGCUGCAACCUGAAGAUCUUCAACAACCAGGAGUUUGCUGCCCUGCUGGCCCAGUCGGUGAACCAGGGCUUCGAGGCUGUCUACCAGCUCACCAGGAUGUGCACCAUCCGCAUGAGCUUCGUCAAGGGCUGGGGAGCAGAGUACAGGUAACGCACAGUCCACAGCGGCCUGCACGCUCUCAUUAAGGUUUCAUGUAUUAAACAAGAGUCAACCCUGUCAGGAGUCGAUACCAUGCUCCUACCUGAUUAGCUGACUAGUUGAUUCAGGUGAGACGGUACAGGAAUGGAGAAACUGUGGGAUGGCUGAGGG